AUGGAAUUGGGGAAGAACGUGGAAGAUGGGAGAGGCUGUUGGCUGGUAGCUGACUCUAUCUUGGCAGAGGAUAACCCAGAUAAUGACAUGACUGGAGCUAUGAGGCUCAUCUUGGAAGUCAUCUAUGGCACCUGGUUCCUACAGUCACUGCUCUGUCCCUUACCUUAUUGUGAGAAGCCUGGAAAUGAGCCGGAGGAGGCAAAACUGCAGAAUGCCAGCAAGCAGAUUGUACAGAAUGCCAUCCUGCGAGCUGUACAGCAAGUCUCCCAGGAGAGCCUUCAGAGGGGAGGCAGACCCAGUGACUGUCGGCCCCGGGGCCGGCUGGGAGGGUGUGAGCUGACCAAGAAGCAUGAAAAGAAGUAAUGGGUUCUGGGUCUGGCUCUUGUCACAUGCUUGGCGUCUGCCUUUCCUGUUAGCAUAGGACGUAUCACUAAAAUGUUGCCAAUAAGCAAAGCCAAGUGUCAUAGAUGCCUAUCAGUAGGACGAGUUCAUGCUAGUCUUGGAGACAAGCUAUGGUUUUGCAAACCUGUGUUAGGGACUCUUCACAUCUAUGGGGAGACUUUGGAAGCAGCUGAGUCAGACGUAGCACUCACACUGCAAAAGUCAUCUUGAACAACUAUUCUCCAUGUUCUUAAAAAAUUAGAAUUCUAAUUCUUGUUUAUUUAUGCAUUCUUUCUAUGAAUUCAACCAGCAGUCUUUAUUGCCCUUCUGGGCCACUGAGUGCAGUUCUGUGUUCUUCAUAAAUAU